AUGAUCCUCAAUCAGUUUGCCCGACCGGCCCACGAGAUUCUCACGCCCCGGCUCGUCCUCCGGACGCCAACCUUUGCAGACGUCGAUGCCCACUACUGCCACAACUCCACGCCCGAGAAUUUCCCGUUUGACGUGCGCGACACGGAGCUGACGCCCGAGAAGGCGCGCAGCGAGAUAGAGCGAAUCAUCGACAAAACGGCGGCUGGCCGAGCCGCUUUGUUGUUUUUUGCCCUGCGCGACACGGGCGAGCUCAUCGGCCACGGUGGCUACAACGUCUUCCAACUUCUCGACCCGGCCGUCUAUUUGGGGAUUGAGAAUAAACAGGACGAAAUGUCAGCUGACUCAGCCGAUACCACCACAAAUAUCGCAUUAGCACAAAAGCAGUACCUCGCGGACAUUGGCAUCAUGCUGGACCACAAGCACUGGCGCAAGGGCUUCGGCCUGGAGACGCUCAGCGCAAUGGUUGAGUAUGCGCAAACCGAGCUGGGAUGCGGUCUCUUCCGCAUCGAGACGGACCUUGCCAACGAGCCCUGGCGGGCGUUGAUGCGGGCCGCCGGAUUGGGUGCUUGCGAGAGCAUGCACAAGGCGACGUACGACAAAGACCUCGACGUCUGGGUCUGGAAGUUUGAUACCACUCAUUGGGCACAAGCCAAGGAGACGAUCAAGGCAGCAGGGAAGUGGCCACUUUGA